GAAAACGCAGUUACAGAAAAAUUGAGAAGCGCCUCUUAAAGGCACCACACCCUGGCCGAAUUCAUUUCCUUUUUGCGUGUUGACCACGGCGCCUCUGUCCCGGGAGUUCCAGGGACCCUCAUUCCAGUCUCUGCGCCCCCUUCUCCCCCGAACCGCGUAAAGAGUUGGAAAGGCAGUCAUCUUAGACUCUCCUUGGGGAGCAGUUUGCCUUGGAAACAGCAGCGAAGACCUUUUAUUCCCCUUCCUCGCCUGUCACCCAGCCUGGCGACCUGGCUGUAACUGUCCUGCGGGAAGGGACCCUCGGUUCUCAUCUUGCGGCCACUUCUCCUCCAUCAAAAUACUUAAACCUGUCCAUGAGCCGAGAGAUUCAAGAUGUGGGUGCCUUGCAAAGGGUGGCUUUUCGGGAAGCUUUCUGUGUGGGAGGCAGUCGGGCUCAGAACUGGUGAAGAGAUGCCAGAAGGACCAUCUGUGAGGAAAUUUCACCAUUUGAUCUCUCCCUUUGUGGGCCAGCAGGUGGUCAAGACAGGGGGCAGCAGUAAGAAGCUAUACCCUGCCACCCUUCAGUCUCUGUGGCUCCAGGACACCCAGGUUCAUGGAAAAAAAUUAUUCCUUAGAUUUGAUCCAGAUGAAGAAUCGGGGUCCCCUGGUAGCAACCCACUGCCAGAGCCUCCACAGAAAGGAGCAAGGAAGGAAGAGACUGUGGCCCCAGAGCCAGCCUUGGGGCCCAGCAGACUCAAAACCUCUGAUGAAUCCUGUCCGUCUGUGGAGCUUGACCCCAGUGGAUCAGAUGUUCCCGAGGGUCUGGGGACAGAUGGCCCUGCAACAGGAGCCCCACAGUGGCUGCAGGUCAGCUUUGGUCUGUUUGGCAGUGUCUGGGUGAAUGAGUUCUCCAGAGCCACGAAAGCCAACAAGAGAGGUGACUGGAGGGAUCCUGUGCCCAGGUUGGUCCUACACUUUGGUGGUGGUGGCUUCCUGGCAUUUUAUAAUUGCCAGAUGUGUUGGAGCCCUUCUCCUGUGAUCAAACCUACCUGUGACAUCUUGUCUGAAAAGUUCCAUCGAGGACAAGCCUUGGAGGCUCUGGGCCAGGCUCAGCCUGUGUGCUAUACACUGUUGAACCAGAGAUACUUCUCAGGGUUAGGGAACAUCAUUAAGAAUGAAGCCUUGUACAGAGCCAGGAUCCAUCCCCUUUCUCUGGGCUCGCUCCUGAGUGCUUCUCGCCGGGAGGCCCUUGUGGACCAUGUGGUGGAGUUCAGUAUGGGCUGGCUUCAGGGAAAGUUCCAGGGCAAGCCACAGCACACGCAGAUCUACCGGAAGGAGCAGUGUCCUGCUGGGCACCAGCUCCUCAAGGAGCCCCUUGGGCCCCCAGGCGGGUUCCAGAGGCUCACCUGGUGGUGCCCACAGUGCCAGCCCCAGGUGCCCCCUGAGGAGCCACAGCAGCUCCAACACCCCUGAGGCACUCAGGCUCUUCUUGGUACUUGUCCUUGAGGACCAUGGGGCCUGUGUGUCCAGAAGGGAAGGUGUGGGCAGGGAUUGUGGGUGGCCACAGAGGACAGCCUGGGCUGUGAGGUGUCAGUAUUGUUUAUGUUCACUCUCUGGAUUGUGCCUGAGGCACAGAUUUCAUAGGGGUAGGUUUUCUUUUCUACUUCCGUUGAUUCUUCCUGAGGAAGGCAGUCUUCACAGGUGAGGGGAACACCCAGAAAGAUGGUAGAGCCCUAAAACCAACAGCCUGGGGGUGGGUGGGACAUGACUGUGUUCCCAGCAAGGCUUGGCAAGUGUCCUGUUUUGGAAAGUUUGGUUGAUCUUAAGGCUUUUGGUUUUGAGAAACAGGAAAACGGAAGUUUCUUUCCCUGUUGUCUGUUGUCUGUGGAGGGUCCUGGGGAUGAGGAUGGAGCUGCAGGAGAAAAGUGCUGGUCCAGCUCCUGCUGGCGUCUCCCGCCCAGUGGGGAACUCAGGGCCUGUCAGUUACCCUCCGGGGAUCCAGUGGCCUUUAAAGAGAAGCUAAAGCUACUUGUUUACUCCUUAAGUUGAAAUGUUUGUGGCUGUUGAUGCAUCAACAAUUCAGGAACCAAAGGACAUAGAGAAACAUUCCUCAGGUUGUUGGUAACUAAAUGAAGCUGGAAAGCAACAACAGGAAAAUAAAGCUCUUUGCUAUUUCUGUGUCAUCUUUAUUUGGCAGUAAAGGUUUUUUUGAUUGUUU